AUGGCAGACAGGGUGCAUCGGUACAUUAUGGGCUUGGACCUUUAUUUGGUUGAUAGCUGCAUGGCCAUGGCUUCUCAGCCAAGCAUGGAUAUUGCCCGGGUGCAAGCCUAUGCCCAUGGGGUAGAAGAGCGACAUAGAAGGCGACAGCCCGACAGAGGUUUUGAUAGAAGUCAGCCAAAAAGGGCUAGGUAUCCCUCCCAGCCAGCUUGGAGUGUACCUCCACAGUUUCCAAGUGGAAGAGUUGAGAGCACCAGAUAUUUGGGGCCUGGUCAAAGCUCCAGAGCUUUAGGUACACAGGUGGACAUGAGUUCUCGACAGUCAAGACCACUAGUACCACGGUGUCCCCAUUGUAACAGACUUCAUUUUGGGGAAUGUCGCCAAAGUACAGGUGCUUCUUUUUCUUGUGGCCGCCAAGGCCAUAUUGCGAGGGAAUGUCCAUUUAAAAGUACUCCUGGUGGUAUGGCUCAGCCAACUGGGUCAGUUGCAGGUUCUUCUUUUUCUAUGGCUAUGCGCCCAAUGGGGCGGGGUAUGCAGAUACUGGUAGGCCAUGGUAGAGGUCAUGGUGGAACUUCUAGUUAUGGCGGCCCUUCUAACCAUAUGUAUGCUUUGGACAGUAGACAAGAUCAGGAAGCAUCGCCAAAUGUAGUCACAGGUAUGGAUUGGUUAGCUUCUUAUAUUGCCAAUGUAGACUAUAGAAAUAAAGUAGUUCGGUUCCAGUUCCCUGGUGAACCAAUUGUUGAGUGGGCAGGAAACACGGCGUCGCCAAAAGCUAGACCUGCGGUCAGGCUACCAUCACGUAUGGGUAAAAGAAGCGGAUAUCCCAAAGACCGCAUUCAGAACCUGAUACGGACAUUAUGA